UCGGAAUGCGGAGCCACCGGGAAAUUUAAAUCGCGCCGGCCGGUUGCACUGACCACACCAUCUUCGAGCGGAGCUGCGGUUGCUGUUUUGAGGGCAGUUAACCCGCCGCCUGCGUGCCCCGCACCGCCUUUUGGGGAAGCCUGAGCUGGCCGUCUUUCUCCCUUUGUCUCAUAACCAUGUCCACCAACGAGAAUGCUAAUUCACCAGCUGCCCGCCUUAACAGAUUCAAGAACAAGGGGAAGGACACAACAGAAAUGAGGCGGCGCAGAAUAGAAGUUAAUGUGGAGCUGAGGAAAGCUAAGAAGGAUGACCAGAUGCUGAAAAGGAGAAAUGUAAGCUCAUUUCCUGAUGAUGCUACUUCUCCACUGCAGAACCGCAACAACCAGGGCACUGUAAAUUGGACUGUUGAUGACAUUGUCAAAGGCAUAAAUGGCAGCAGUUUGGAAAGCCAGCUCCAGGCUACUCAAGCUGCUAGGAAACUGCUUUCUAGGGAAAAACAGCCCCCCAUAGACAACAUAAUCCGGGCUGGUUUGAUUCCAAAAUUUGUGUCCUUCUUGGGCAGAACAGACUGUAGUCCCAUUCAGUUUGAAUCUGCUUGGGCACUCACUAACAUUGCUUCUGGGACAUCAGAACAGACCAAGGCUGUGGUAGAUGGAGGCGCCAUCCCAGCAUUCAUUUCUCUGUUGGCAUCACCCCAUGCUCACAUCAGUGAACAAGCUGUAUGGGCUCUAGGAAACAUUGCAGGUGAUGGUUCAGUUUUCCGUGACUUAGUUAUCAAGUAUGGUGCAGUUGACCCGCUAUUGGCUCUUCUUGCAGUUCCUGAUAUGUCCUCUUUAGCAUGUGGUUACUUACGUAACCUUACCUGGACACUUUCAAACCUUUGUCGCAACAAAAAUCCUGCACCCCCAGUAGAUGCUGUUGAGCAGAUUCUUCCAACUUUAGUUCGUCUUCUGCAUUAUGAUGAUCCGGAAGUAUUAGCAGAUACCUGCUGGGCUAUUUCUUACCUUACUGAUGGUCCAAAUGAACGGAUUGAAAUGGUUGUGAAAACAGGAGUUGUGCCCCAACUUGUGAAGCUUCUGGGAGCAACUGAAUUUCCAAUUGUGACUCCUGCAUUAAGAGCCAUAGGAAAUAUUGUCACUGGGACAGAUGAACAAACUCAGGUUGUAAUAGAUGCAGGAGCACUUAUGGUCUUUCCCAGCCUGCUAACGAACCCCAAAACUAAUAUUCAGAAGGAAGCUACAUGGACAAUGUCAAACAUCACAGCUGGCCGCCAGGACCAAAUCCAGCAAGUUGUGAAUCAUGGACUAGUGCCUUACCUUGUCAGCAUUCUCUCUAAGGCAGACUUCAAGACACAAAAGGAAGCUGUAUGGGCUGUGACCAACUAUACAAGUGGUGGAACAGUUGAACAGAUUGUAUACCUUGUUCAUUGUGGCAUAAUAGAGCCGUUGGUGAACCUCUUAACUGCAAAAGACACCAAAAUUAUUCUGGUUAUUCUGGAUGCCAUUUCAAAUAUCUUUCAGGUAAGUCUUAACAAGGUGGCAUUUGUUUGAAUUAGGGCUUGAUAA